AUGUCUGACACUUCGGUGAAGCUCAAGACCCCUCAGACGGGCGAGUACGAGCAGCCCACUGGCCUCUUCAUCAACAACGAAUUCGUCAAGGCCGUUGACGGCAAGUCGUUUGAGGUCAUCAACCCCUCCACAGAAGAGGUCAUCACGUCCGUCCAGGAGGCAUCCGAGAAGGAUGUCGACAUUGCUGUUGCAGCUGCCCGCAAGGCAUUCAACGGCCCAUGGAGGAAGGAGACACCUGAGAACCGUGGAAAGCUCCUGGUGAAGCUUGCCGAUCUGUUCCUCGAGUAUGCCGACCUGCUGGCUUCGGUCGAGGCUCUCGACAACGGCAAGGCCUUCUCCGUGGCCAAGGACGUUGAUGUGAAAUCUGCCGCUGGCUGCUUGAGGUACUACGGCGGUUGGGCCGACAAGAUCGAGGGCAAGGUCGUCGACACAUCACCCGACACAUUCAACUACAUCCGCAAGGAGCCCAUUGGUGUCUGCGGUCAGAUCAUUCCCUGGAACUUCCCCCUGCUCAUGUGGGCAUGGAAGAUUGGUCCCGCCAUUGCCACAGGUAACACCAUUGUCCUGAAGACAGCUGAGCAGACGCCUCUCUCGGCCCUCAUAGCCUGCACACUCAUCCAAAAGGCCGGCUUCCCACCAGGUGUCAUCAACGUCAUUUCUGGAUUCGGCAAGGUUGCCGGUGCUGCCAUGUCGGCGCACAUGGACAUUGACAAGAUUGCCUUCACUGGUUCCACUGUUGUCGGUCGCCAGAUCAUGAAGGCUGCUGCUGGCUCCAACCUGAAGAAGGUCACCCUCGAGCUCGGCGGCAAGAGCCCCAACAUUGUCUUCGCCGAUGCCAACAUCGAUGAAGCCAUUGAAUGGGCCAACUUUGGUAUCUACUUCAACCACGGACAGACGUGCUGCGCCGGCUCGCGCAUCUACGUGCAGGAAGAGAUCUACGACAAGUUCAUCCAGCGAUUCAGGGAGCGCACAGCCGCCAACAGUGUAGGCGAUCCCUUCCAUCAGGACACCUUCCAGGGCCCCCAGGUUUCCCAGCUCCAGUUCGACCGCAUCAUGUCGUACAUCGACGAGGGCAAGAAGUCCGGUGCCACGGUUGAGACGGGCGGUAAGCGCAAGGGUGACAAGGGCUACUUCAUCGAGCCUACCAUAUUCUCCAACGUCACCGAGGACAUGAAGAUCCAGCAAGAAGAGAUCUUCGGCCCCGUGUGCACGAUUUCCAAGUUCAAGACAAAGGAGGACGUCAUCAAGAUUGGCAACAACUCCAUCUACGGCCUGGCCGCUGCCGUUCACACCACCAACCUCAAGACCGCGAUCGAGGUGGCCAACGCGCUCCGCGCUGGUACCGUCUGGGUCAACUCGUACAACACCCUCCACUUUGCUUUGCCCUUUGGCGGUUACAAAGAGUCGGGAGUAGGUCGUGAGCUUGGUGAGGCUGCUCUAGAGAACUACGUUCAGACCAAGACGGUGUCCAUCCGCCUCGGUGAUGUCCUGUUCGGUUAA